AUGCUUCCUGAAAAAAAUGAACCCCUUAAUAAUAGUGUCGUUCCAUAUUCACGAAACCUCCAUGGGCCAUCAUCGUCCUCGCGCGCGCUCCGACCAGCCUUCGGGGACGGAAACACGAACAACAUGUUGGUUAAUUUCAACUCUACUACAUCUAACUCUGCGGAAUUGCCAUCUUCUGAGCCUGUUGUGAAGUUUAACUACAACUUUGAUUGCCCUAGAUGUUUAUUUAAAAGCGUCUAUUCACAAGAUUGCAGUAUCAUUCCGGAUCAGGAUGAAAGGAAUGUUGAUAAUCACCACCUUGACAACGUGCUUUCGACGCAGCAUUCACCAUGCAAUGCAUUAGGUGAUGACGCGGGUGUGAUGAUGCCUAAAGCAAUACCAAACGUAGAGCGUAGAACGUUUCCAUGUGCACAGAUUCGGUGGGCUGCUGAACUCUUUUGUCGUCGUUGUCGCGGCUACAGACCACAGGACGCCCUAACCUUUCCUGGAUUUUAUGCUUUGUCGGGAGAUAGGGACCUGAAGAACUCUCCUAUGGAGCCCGAAACGAGUCAUAACUAUGUUCGUAAAGGUUCUGAUGAGACUAUCAGAACUUCGAACGAAAGCAUGAGGACUUCGUUUUUGUUUAGUGGGACUGGGACCACCGAAUCCGACAGCGAACUCUUAGAUUCUCGAAAAGACUUGAAAUACAAAUGUGAUGAGGUUAAAUCUGGUGAUGUCGGUGCGAUGGCGAUCACUCCGAGAGACGUUCGCGCAUCUAUUAUUUACGAAGGAUUCUCCGGUGAGUUUGCCCAUUUGCUAUGCCAGAAUUCCAUUUUGUUAUGUGAGGCGGACGAAUUUUACCCGCCUCACGCAGAAGGAGUCACAGCCGCCGUUAAGCACGUGCUUUCUAUUAGUGAGUCCGAUUUGCCCAAACCCAUCUCCAAUUUAAGAAAUCACCCUGAGGGCAUACACGCCGCGCUAUCCUCUUUGAUAGGUGUGAUGCAUGUUAUGUUUUUUGUUCUACAAACUCUCGACGCUGUGAUGCGAGGUUUAGGAAAUCCAAAGAAUAUUCAUUCAAAUUUGAAGCAGAAGCUACCUGCGACCAAAGGAGUCCGCAGUAGAAAAAAAGAGGCCUCGAAUCCCGGACCUUCUAGUUAUAUUGCGUCUGUUCUUUCUCUCAGGGAAUUCGCGCACGCGCUAUGGCUCCACCUUCUGGGCAUGUGGCCGACAGAAGUGAUUACCAUGGGGAUUAUUGAGUGGUGGUUGCAUCACCCCCAAAAUGGUAAUUCAGAUCUUGGAAUAGAAAGUAGCGGCAAUCAAGAUAAGCAGCAACCACAAUCCAAAACAGAACGCGUUUUUUUAAGCGAACACAAUGCAACUUCCCUCACAAAUCAGAUCCAAUCCCAUGUUGAACAAAUUUUUUCAGCUGUGGUUUAUCGUAUUCAUUUGAUGGCUUUACCUAAUACGUGGUGUCCGGUUGAAAUUGGUGAACCACCUUUUCAGUGUGGUCUUAUCUCAUUUUCUCCAAAUAAAAAUCGAAAAAUCAGUUACGAUAAUUCAUCUUAUGAUCGAAGGGAAAAUGAAUGUAUACACACAAAAGUAAGGGAGGACUUCUUCCCUUUUAGAUUUCCACAGCCUCAGCGACAAGCGUCGUACCAGGGGUGGAGACAGGAGUUGCGUGGGUCGAAAUGUGAAAAUAAGAACGAUGUCCUUGUCCAGAGUUCUCAGUCGUCUUUUCAGUCCGACUACAAGCAUUUCUCUUCAGAUUAUUCUACCUUGUGGAAAGUUGAGAGUAGUCCAUACCAAAAUGCCUUGUUAGCACAGUUGCUCAUUCGAUUUCUUUCCUCAUGCUUUGUGCCGAACGGUGAGUCCUCUCAGAGUAACCUCCAUGCCAUAAAUCGGUCUGAGGACAACCGACCAAGCUAUCUUCUCUUCGCGCUAUGUCGGUUGGGUAAUAAUAUCCCAACAAUCAUACUCUCUCAUAUCGAGCAGUUGGCAUCAUCACCACCCCUUUCUUCUUCUGCGAUGAUUAUGGGCACCACCACUGGGCAAUCAUCACCUUUCCUUCAAACGCUGCUUAUUGUAUUGAGCGAGGCGAUGAGGCUAGCAGCAAAGCUGGCAGCGAAGCUGGCAGCGCGUGUAGGAGGUGUUCGGCUGGAGAUGAAAACAGAUUUGAUGUGCUUUAUUGGCAGAUUAUUGCGAUUACGAGAGUUGUUAGUCUUUAGGUCCUUAAAAAGUUAUGCGGAGUUUGAUGCGGAGUUGAAGCGUCUAGAAGCUUUGCUGUCUCUUGCGAAAUGA